AUGAACAGCUACGCGGCCCCUAACCGACUGCUGCCGCACAGUGCUUCUUCUACAUCUCACGAUGACCCAGCAUACAAGACCGCUCUGAAAGGCGCCUCGCUCGCUUUUCAGAAAACCGCUGCGAAAGCUCCGCCCGCUCCUCCAGCUUCCAAUCGCAACGUCGACAAUGGCGCCCUCAUUGCGGCAACCUCGGCGUCAAGAGAUCACAGCCUCGCUCGACCGACUUCACGGGCACAUAUUUCCCAAUUGAGUCGACAGACGACCGGCAACAGCUUUCAAGUCGGGAAUGAUAGUUAUGAGGUCGAGCAAGGCGUCGGCAACCAGCGCCUCGGACAACAUGGGCAUUCGACACACCAGGGCCAACUGAUGCCUCCAGCCAAGCACACCAUGGCAGAUCCUCGAUCCCCGUCCUUUAUAGCCGCAACUCUUGCUGCUAGCCGAUCCGGCAGCCCUAGUCCGAAUCCAACCGCUCAAGUACAUCCGUAUGCCCAGCUGGCAGCUAGAAGACAGCGGAAGACGAGCAUUGGGGACAGCAGUGCUGCUAGCUCAAUGACAAGUCUCGACCUAGCGACCGACUCGUCUUCGAUCCCGUCGACGAACGCCCUGAUAUCGAUGUUCGAGAAGAGGGACGGUGAUACAGACCCGGUGAAGCGAGGAAAUGCAAAGUCAAGUACUGGCGGCAAGUCGCCUGGUACAAAGCCCAGACUACAACCUUCGACUUCCGCAAGGACGCUUAGUCCUGUCGCUAAGAACGACACGUCUCCAUCCUGGCUGAGGAGCUCUUUGGCAUGGGAGAGGGCAGCGACUCCGCCAACUGCUGUUCAGGAUUUGGCUCGAGAGAAGCCACAGCAGCUUACUGGAACCGCAAUUGAGUCGAGACAACGUCCUCCUAUUCCUCCACGGGGAUCUAAGUUAGAUAAUGGUGUUUCUGCAAGUACUCCGACGCAAGAAUCUGGAGGGAAACCGCGCGCUACUACGCCGCCCCCAAAACCCAUCAGUCGGGCAGAUACGGUGAUACUCUCGCCCCAACCUAAACGCGCCACUUUGUCACGAAACAUCCUAUCGAGCCAGCCGGUAGAACCUGCUCUUACGGAGUGCAUCGGGACCGUCAACUUCAGUACGUCAAAGAGGCCCGGUGGUUCGAUCAAGGAGAUCAUCUUCAAGUUCGUCAAACGAUACGUUUGUGUCGGCUUCGUCAGCACCGUCACCGCAGGCAGACUCGCCGCGCCGCGGUAG